AUGGCUCAACCCACAAUGCUCCAGACGAAGGAGAUUACUGUUCCUCUUCCACAACGGAGAGUCGAUUUGGAUGACAGUAAUCCACACAAGAUAGAUCGACUGGUGGCAUUCACCAAGUUGACACUAAUCAGGGAUCAAGCCCUCAGCGCAAGGUAUGUAUAUACGAGCGCCAGAUAUCGAGCAUACUCGCUUCUCGAGUCAUGGAAACGGUCUCUCCCGCAUCAGUUAAUGGUGUAUGAUGAAAACUCACUACGGUCAAAUGCUCACCUAGACUUGAUAUACAACCAAAUCUGGGUUUCUCUCCUUUGCUAUCCAUGGCUCGAACGCGGUGGCCGUCGUCUCGCGCCACCAACGAGGCUGAAGCCAAUGCGGAUACUGGCACGCAGCAGCUAAUUUCCAAUUCAGCGAUCAUCAUCCUUCUACUUCGCGAACUUGUGUAUCCUUCGAAACCAAAUUCAUCUCCUUGCUUCUCGACAAUCCAGACCCUAAGGAUGCUCUAUCUCUCGUUCAGCGCUUCCAGAUGGCCGUGCAUAAGCGCACUCGUCAUUCAGCACGCAACGUUCGACAAGAAGUGCCGCUGUUAGAUCCGGCGAUAUCGGCUCGAAAUCCUGCUGUUCAUUUUGCCUCGCCUGGCUUCAUGCUUGAUUGUGAAGAUGUGGCCAGUUACAACCCGUCACUGAUCGGAUAUGCUGAACCAGAUCUUACACUUUUCGGAUUCGACGGCUUCUGCAUUGCGCCUGAAACUGACAACUUAGCCCUAGAGCUG